AUGCCUCCGCCUUCACGACCCACUGCAGCAACUGCCGAGGAUAACGAAUACAGCGUCAAUACUACCCAAUCAGUCAACUCGAUUUUACUCAACUCACAACAUCGGCAAUCGCUUCCUCCAGGAGGAAGACCUUCAUCUGCUGCUGGUGGUGGUGGAGCAUCGGCCUUGGCACAGUUGAAUCCAGACUAUCCCAUUCGAGAUAAACAACAGCAAUCGGGCAACGAUGAUGAGGACGAGCAGCAAGAUACUAUUCAAGGUGGUGUCAAUGGCCAAUCUCGGGAUCCAUUUGGCGGCAAAGUGGCUCACCCACAGCAGCAUAAACUAUUGGCAGCGUCUGAUUUUUGGCCUCCUCAAGGCAUGACUGGUGCUCCCGACAACGACACGCUCAACAAUAAUCAAUUGACGGUUGGCUCCAUGAAUCAACUCACCGUCAACUCGGUCGCUAGUUAUAAUACGCCCGCUGUCACUCAAGCAGAGAUCGAUGAUUACAUUGAACGGCUCAUCAAUGCUGGAUAUACAAAAGUAUCAAGACAUUUGUGUCUCAAGAAUAGUGAGGUGGUUGCCAUCUGCCGCUCCGCUAUGGAAAUCUUCCUCAAUCAACCUUCCUUAUUGGAAUUAUCGCCACCUGUCAAGAUCGUCGGUGACACUCAUGGUCAAUAUACGGAUCUCAUUCGCCUUUUCGAGAUGGGCGGGUUCCCACCAAGCAGUAACUACCUGUUCCUAGGCGACUAUGUGGAUCGUGGCAAGCAGAGCUUGGAAACCAUGUUGUUGCUUUUAUGCUACAAGAUCAAAUAUCCUGAAAACUUCUUUUUACUACGUGGUAAUCAUGAAUGUGCCAAUGUCACAAAAGUGUAUGGCUUUUAUGAUGAAUGCAAGCGUCGCUUGAACACCAAGAUGUGGCGUACUUUUGUCGAUACAUUCAACACUCUCCCUAUCGCUGCAUUGGUGGCUGGCAAGAUUUUUUGUGUACAUGGUGGUUUAUCACCUUCGUUGCACAACAUGGAUGAAGUCCGCAACAUUCAACGACCUACCGAUGUACCUGAUUAUGGGUUGCUCAAUGACCUAUUGUGGUCAGAUCCAUCCGAUGUCACUGUGGAUUGGGAGGAUAAUGAACGUGGUGUAUCAUAUUGCUUUGGCAAAAAGGUGUUGGAUGAGUUCCUUGCCAAAUUUGAUCUUGAUUUGGUCUGCCGUGGACAUAUGGUUGUUGAGGAUGGCUAUGAGUUCUUUGGUGGUCGAUCUUUGGUGACCGUGUUCUCUGCACCCAACUAUUGUGGCGAAUUUGACAACUUUGGAGCUAUCAUGAGCGUGAGCGAGGAAUUGUUGUGCAGCUUUGAGCUGUUAACGCCGGCUGAUCAUCCACUAGCCAAAGAAUGUUCCAAGAAUCAAAAGAGGUCCAGUGGAUCAUUAACCAAUGGACGAUAG